CCCCUGCCCGCUGGGCCGGGGCCGGAGUCCCCGGGACGGACUCCAUUUUCCAGGGAUCCCUGGGCGGCGCUGGCGGCCUCCCCAGCCAUUGUCGGUGGCGGCGCGCGCUGGCCGGAGAGGGGCUCCCACCCAGGGCUGCAGGCGAGGUGGCUCCGGUGGGGCAGGAGGAGGGAAUGAGUGAGGAGGACGAGGCCUGUGGGACCAAGAAGAGUGGCGGGUUCCCCAGUAUAGAGCAAAUGCUUGCCUCCAAUCCCGGAAAGACCCCGAUCAGCCUUCUCCAGGAGUAUGGCACAAGAAUAGGCAAGACGCCCGUGUAUGAUCUACUCAAAGCCGAGGGACAAGCGCAUCAGCCCAACUUCACCUUCCGAGUGACUGUCGGGGACAUCAGCUGCACUGGUCAAGGCCCAAGCAAGAAGGCAGCCAAGCACAAGGCAGCAGAGGUGGCCUUAAAGCUCCUGAAAGGGGGAAAUAUGCUGGAGCCAGCAGCAUUGGAGGAAUCCAGCUCUCCUUUCUCCCUAGAGCCCCUUUCUCAGCUCAGCACCGCGGCGGCCCCCGCAGCACUUAUCUUGCCUGCCGCCUCUCCCAGAAGCUCACAGAUGGAGGUGAAGUCGCCCGUCUCGCCGCAGCAGUCGGAGUGUAACCCCGUGGGGGCGCUGCAGGAGCUGGUGGUUCAGAAGGGCUGGAGGCUGCCGGAAUACACCGUCACCCAGGAGUCAGGGCCUGCCCACCGCAAGGAAUUCACCAUGACCUGCCGGGUCGAGAGGUUCAUCGAAAUAGGGAGCGGCACCUCCAAGAAGCUGGCCAAGCGCAAUGCGGCGGCCAAGAUGCUGGUGCGAAUCCACAAUGUGCCCAUGGACCAGCGGGAGGGCAGCGAGGCCGAGGUGGAGGAGGACCAGUUCUCCAUUACUGCGGGGAACAAGCUGGACAGCCUGAAGGGCCGGCUCUCGGGCUGCACCUGGGACUCGCUGCGCAACUCGGCCGGCGAGAAGAUCCUGCAUCUCAAGAGCCAUCCGCUGGGGGCGCUCAAUGCCGGCUUCUGCAGCCUCCUGCAGGAGCUCUCUGAGGAGCAGAGCUUCGACAUCAGCUACCUGGACAUCGAUGAGAUGAGCCUGAGCGGCCUGUACCAGUGCCUGGUGGAGCUGUCCACGCAGCCGACCACGGUAUGCCACGGCUCUGCCGCCUCCCGCCCCGCCGCCCGCUCCGCCGCCGCCCGCAACGCCCUGCAGUACCUCAAGAUCAUGGCGGGAGGCAAAUGAGGAGGCGCCUGGGCCCAGCAGAGCCCCUGGGGCUGUGGACACUCAGCCAGGUGGGUGCCUGGAGCCACGCCGGCACACGCCUUCCCAGGCCGGGGCUGGGGCAGACACAAGUUGGACCCACACGCAGCCCCAUGGCCAGGGCAGGGCAUACUGCUGCCUCUGACUCACAAGGGGCAGGAUCUGGAGCCCCCAGGAGAGAUGCCAGCCCUGCCCCUGCAGCCUCCACCAGGCCUGAGUGGGCUCUGGGUGCAGAGAUGUACUGGGCUCUCAGGGGUGGGGCCCAUUCGCUCCUACACCCCCACCACAUGUGGGGGCAGUGCAGUAGCCCAACCUAGCAGGAGAGCGCUCCAGGGAGCUGUGGGCUCGUCCACUGAGUACCCCCCUCCCCCAGCUGAGUCCAGCGCUCUCCUCCACUGCACUGUUGGGGGCGGGGGGGAGUAAUGCUACCCCCCAGCUGCCAUCCUGCUCCAGCCACACAGAGCAAAAGUUCUUAUUGGCCAUAGGGAGGGUCAGGGCCCCCCACCCUCCUACCCCUGUCCCCAGACUGGUCAGUAGCCUCUGACUGCCCCCUGACCCAGGCGGGGCUGGCCCCCCUGGGAGUUGCUCCCCUACACGCUCGCUGUCAGCAGCCAAAGCACCAUCCUAGGAACCAGGUCCCCAGCAGAUUUGGAACAUGGAGCUGCCCUGGG